AUGUUGCGGCCGUUGCUUGGCUGCGCAGCGUUAUUCCUGCUGGCAAUCGCACGCCGGAGAAAGCGUGGUGCGCUGCGCGGGCAAAGCGUCCUGAUCACCGGCGCAAAUAGCGGCAUUGGGCGCGAGCUCGCAUUGCAAGCUGCCCGACUGGGUGUGAAAGAGCUCAUCCUGGUGGACUUGGAGCUGAUGGAAGAUGUUGUUCGAGAAGCACGCCAGCGAGGAGGAGAUGCUUUGCGAAUCAGCACCCACCAAACAGAUGUCAGCAACGAGGAGGCCGUUGCAUCUCUUUGCGCUGAGAUCGAGGUGCAGGUGGUGCUCCUCUCUGCUGGAGUUGUGAGCGGAAAGGCUUUCCUUCCCUGCGAAGCCCAGCAGAGUCCAGUGGCUUCAGCAGAGUUCCGGAAGACGAUGGACACAAACUUCUUUGGAAGCGCAUGGUUUGCCCAUCAGUUGCUGCCGAGCAUGUUGCAGCGGAGAUGUGGGGCUGUGGUUUUCCUUUCGUCGAUGAUGGGCUUUUUGGGAAGUGCGCGGCUUUCGGACUACUGUGCCUCCAAGUGGGCUCUUUUGGGGCUCACGGAGUCAAUCCGUUUGGAACUGCGUGCGCAACAAUGUACUGGUGUGGGGGUCAUGGCCGUUUGCCCAUACUUGGUUGACACCCAGAUGUUUAACGGUGCAUUUGAGGGUGCCGAUUCUGCCACAGUGUUUCGCCAGUGCGUUGCAUGGUUGAGGUCUCUGGUCUUUGCAAAGCUUAGUGCCAAAGAUGUUGCUGCAGCCAUUCUGGCAGAGCUGGACGAUGACUUGGCGUCGCUGCCACCACAGAGCCAUGAGGCCUUGCUGAAGCGGGUGCAGGAGGCUCCGAAGGGCUCAGCUCCGCAUGGAUUGCAAGCACCUGAAAGCAAUACCAUUGAGGCAGUGAUGCCUUCUGAGCAAAUGCUCAAGGCAAUGCAGCGCCUCCAGGACCAGGACACCAUGUUUCUGCAACGCCAAGUGGGAGGAGGCAUUUUUGGCUGCGAUGGGUUUGAUGUGUUCAGCGACCAGGCAAUCGACAUUGACGGGUAUAAGACGAAGGUGAUCCCUUCCACCGUCUCUGGCGUUUCCGUCGAUGGCACGGCAGCGAACUCGCAAGUCUUUUUAAAGACUUGGAUGGCUAUUCUGACUGACGACAAAUGGUGGCACUAUGACUUCAUUGCUAAGGUGGAUCCUGAUGCCAUUCUUUAUGCUGAGCGUUUGCGUGGACAUCUUCAAUGGCAUGUGGGACAGGACGUCUUCUUCUUGAAUUGCGCCAAAUAUAUCCCAGCAACAAUGUACGGAGCGCUUGAGGUCUUCUCGAAAGCAGCACUUGGAGCAUACUUAUCUCAGCACGAGCGCUGUGAGCACUCUCUUCCCUUCUGGUCUUGGGGUGAAGACAGGUACAUGGCUGGCUGUUUGGAGAUGCUUGGAGUGCAAACUCUGCCAGACUAUAUGAACUUCCUUCACGAUGAACGUUGCUGGGGUGUUGAUUGUGGCAACAAGGCAGCGGUGGCAUUCCAUUCGUUCAAGCAGGUGAACCACUGGUAUCGCUGCUACGAGUCUUCCAAAUGA